GCUCAAUGGAUUUUGUUCUAAUUUCUGGUUUCCAGUACUACUCAUUAUUUGCGGACCUCAUGGGGCCUAUUCCAUGCUACUGAAUCGAUUUCCACUGCAGAGUGUGGUUUUACGUUCACGUUCACUAGCAGUUUAUUCGAGAAAGAUGGCUCAGCAGAAUGCUGCGAUAUCAACGGAUAAGUCCGGCAAUAUCAUCUUGAAAAUCUUAGCAAAACCUGGUGCGAAAGUCAGCGCUGUGACAGAUGUUGGAGAAUCAGAGAUUGGCGUAGCAAUAGCUGCUCCUGCACGUGAAGGAGAAGCAAACGAAGAGCUCAUCGAUUAUAUGCGAGGUGUUCUUGGCCUGAAGAAGAGCGAAUUGUCGCUUGAUAAGGGUGGUAAAUCACGCUCGAAAACGCUUUUGAUAACGUCAUCGCGCAUCACUUCAGAGCAAGUUGUCGCGAAGUUGAAGGCGGCUGCUGGUGAUUGAAUGUUAUCAAGCAGUGCAAAGCUGCAGACAUGCCGCGCGCACUUACGACUUUAC